AAGAACGGCACAGGCAUCAUAGCCUUUCAGAAUUUAGAACGAAAAUGCGAAGGAUUCAACAGUUGAACUCCACCGUUUCAGGUGAAAGCAUCCCAAGUUUGCCUCUGGGUUCAACCGAGAGAGGCAUUCCUCGUUUAGGCUUUGGAACAGCCGAAUACCCUUUCGGUGCCUCCUUUGAAACCAUGAAAGAAACCAUUCUCGAAGCAAUCAAACUAGGCUACCGUCACUUUGAUACGGCUGCUCUUUACCAAUCUGAGCAACCUUUAGGUGAAGCAAUUUCGGAUGCUCUUCGAGUAGGGUUAAUCACAUCGCGAGAUGAGCUCUUUAUCACUUCCAAGCUCUGGUGCAGCGAUGCACACCGUGACUGUGUACUCCCAGCACUUCAAAAAACACUCAGGAAUCUGAAGCUGGAGUACCUUGAUCUGUAUCUUGUUCACUGGCCAGUGAGCGUGACUUCAGGUGUAUACGAGUUACCUGUUAACAAGAAGGACCUUGUUCCUAUUGAUCUAAAAUCUGUAUGGGAAGCAAUGGAAGAGUGUCAAGAACUUGGCCUCACCAAAUCAAUAGGAGUAAGCAACUUCUCUUGCAAGAAACUCCAAACCAUCCUUCCCACCGCCAAGAUUCCACCUGUGGUGAACCAAGUGGAGAUGAACCCACUGUGGCAGCAAGAGAAACUGAGAAAGUUUUGCGAGGAGAAGGGCAUAGUUAUCACAGCUUACUCGCCUUUGGGGGCAAAAGGAACGCUGUGGGGAACAAAUGGGGUCAUGGAAUGUGAUCUACUGAAUGAAAUGGCCCAAGCCAAGGGAAAAUCGAUUGCUCAGGUUUGUUUGAGAUGGGCAUACGAACAAGGGGUAAGUGUGCUUGUGAAGAGUUUCAACGAGGAAAGAAUGAAAGAAAACCUUGACAUAUUUAAUUGGAAGCUGAGCCCUGAAGAGUCACACCAAAUAAGCCUACUUCCACAGCGCAAAGGAUUUCCAGGUGAUGAAUUUGUAUCAGGUGAUGGUCCCUACAAGUCUCUUGAACAGCUUUGGGAUGGAGAGAUUUGAGUAUCUUGGAGUGGAACUGAACGAAAUGGAUAAUCAGAUCCAAUGUGAGACCUAAACUUUUUUUUUUUUUUUUAUGUAACCAACUCGAGUCUUGCCUGAGAAAUGAGUCUAGUGAAACUCACAGUUAUUCAAGUUCCUGAGGCAACUUAUCACGCUUACAAUUUACAAAACUCGGAAAUGGAUCCUGUUGGUAUUAAUAAAUGGGUUUUUCGCAACAUU